UGUUUUGAAAAAGAAUUGAUCAGUGUCUCUUUGUGAUAAUUGGUUGCUUUGAAAAAGUAUAAUUGUACACUUUUAGUGUAUCUGAAACCAAAGUAGCCCUCUUGUGGUUUCCAUGAAAGAAUUCUUACUAGUUUAUGUAGUGAUAUGAAAAAAGUAGAGAUGGUUUUGUUUAGUUUGGUUGUUUUGAAAAAGAAUUGAUCAGUGUCUCUUUGUGAUAAUUGGUUGCUUUGAAAAAGUAUAAUUGUACACUUUUAGUGUAUCUGAAACCAAAGUAGCCCUCUUGUGGUUCCCAUGAAAGAAUUCUUACUAGUUUAUGUAGUGAUAUGAAAAAAUAGAGAUGGUUUUGUUUAGUUUGGUUGUUUUGAAAAAGAAUUGAUCAGUGUCUCUUUGUGAUAAUUGGUUGCUUUGAAAAAGUAUAAUUGUACACUUUUAGUGUAUCUGAAACCAAAGUAGCCCUCUUGUGGUUUCCAUGAAAGAAUUCUUACUAGUUUAUGUAGUGAUAUGAAAAAAGUAGAGAAUUUAACUUAUUAUCUGCCAUAUGAAACCAUACUUACUAGUUUCCUUUGAUCUAGGUGAAAAAAUCAAAGAACGUACAGGAAUUGCCAUCCUUCAGUAUCGGGCUGACACCGUCAGAUGAGGAUAAAAGGAAUGACACCGAUUCAUCAUCCAGUGGUGGUCAAAAACAUAAGCGAAAAACAGGAGAUGCAAAAGAUAAUGAAAAGAAGAAUAAAAAAAAGAAGGAACAUAAAAAGGGUGAUGAAAGCAUUGCUUCUCGUGGUCGUAAUAAGAAACCACAAAUAGAGGCACAAGAUUCCGAUGAGACAAGUUCGGAUGAUGAAAAUGAAAGGAAUGGUAAGAAAGUUUCUUGUGCUGUUGAAAAUGUGAAACAAGAUAUGGUGAAGAAAGAUUCUGAUGCAGAUGCAAGACUGAGGCAUAAGAUGAGUGUACCUAAGGUCUAUGACCUUAUGCAUUCAGUACAUGUCAAAAAAAGGAGAGACGAAAUAAUUGACCAACUAAACAACUGUGGCUUUGGAGGGAUGCUACAUAUCUGUAACUGGACAAGGAUCCACACCUUUUUUAUCGAUUGGGUUGUCAGAAGAUUUGAAAAGGAACAUAUGUGGAUAAGAUUGAGCGAUACGGAGGUCCUAGAGUUGAAAGAGGAUGAUGUGCAUAGAGUCUAUGAACUUCCAAUGGCUGGAAAGAAGAUAGACACUAAUCUUUGCUCUGAUGGAGCAAUUAGAAGGCUAAGGAAGGAAUUGGGAUUGACUGGAGAUUAUUCUCCAGUUGUGAAGGUUGCUAAAUUAGAAAGGAUACUGAAGACUACAGAAAAACCUAAAACAUGGGUGAAGGGUAUAAUUUGUUUCAUCAUUCAUAACAUUUUGUGCCCGACUAAUAAAGGCAAUGUGUCACUGCAGUAUGCAGAUAUUUUAGAAGAUCCAGCCGGUGUAUCUUCAUAUAACUGGUGCUCACAUGUUCUAGACUAUAUGAAAAAAGGCCUGCAAUCUCCAGGAGUUUUAAAUCCAUUAGCAGAUUUCCACUUCCUAAUGAUUAACUACAUGGAUAAAAUGGGGAAACGAAGCCCAUUUUUGACGGGCAAAUACAAGCGGCCAUCCCUUCGUGAUUGGGAUGUCAAGGCGGCAAACCAGGAACUUGCCAAGAUCCAUGAUAUCAUGGGGAUUGAAAAUGGAUUGACAGCCGGGGUAACAAGUCUGUACAGACCCGCAGAAGGUCCGCUUGUACUGUGUUUUGAUGCAGACACAUGCCCACUGUCUAAGGCAGAAAUGUAUCUUAAUCACUGUAGGUCUUGUAUAAAUAUCUAUACUAGAUCCGCAGCAACAUUGGAACGACGAAUAGCUGAGGCAACUGUCGGAACUUCUGGGAAAAAAGAUGCAGUCCCAGAAGAAACAAAAACUGACAAGGACAAUUCAAUGGAAGCCCGGGCUGAAACUGAAAAGAAUAACAGUUCCAAUAAAGACAAUGAUGCAGACAAGCACAAUGAUGAAUGGUUGAAUAAUGACAAUGAUGCAGAAGAUGAGAUCAAUGCCAAAAGCAUUGAUGAAGAUGACAAUGAUGAAAAGGAUGAGAUCAAUGCCGUAAUAAUUGAUGAGGAUGACAAUGAUGAAGAAGAUGAGAUCAUUACCAAGAUGAUUGAUGAUUCAGUUAAGGCAGCAACCAAAAUCAUUGACGAUUCAGUGAAGCUGACAAUGACACCGAAAACAAACAAUGUUGGACUCACAUUAACACAGGAAACUAUCAUGAAGUUUCCGGAGUUUUUUGAUGGGGCUGAAGCUUCAAACGCAGGGUUGAAUAACGAUGAUUUAGUGAAAAAAGAUUCAGUGCCACAGGAAACAGAUUCUGAGCUAGUGUUGGUACCAGAUGCGAUGCAUCAGGAGAACCCUACAAAAUCUGACUCGAAUGUAGUCAUAAAUGCAACUCCAUUAAAGUCAAUAAAGCCAGAUGAAAUAAUUGACUUGGACAAUGUCACUCCAAAGAAAAGAAAAAAGCAUAAUAUGCUUUAUUCUGAUAAUACAUAUCCUGAGCGUCGACGGGCGGUGAAGAAAUCGAAAUACCUUGCAAGCCCAUAUGAUGACGCUGUCCACAAGUCUGCUGCAACGGAGUUGCAGAAAAAAUUAUCAACAUAUGCUUGGAACCCGGAGCUUGAUAAGGAUCACAUUAUGUACUGCUCAGACAACAAGGCUCAUUUGUAUUCUCUACAAAGGGCUGACUUCUGGACACUUCAAAAAGAUGAAUGGGUAUCAUGCUUUGUCAUAAACAGUUGGGUUAAUUGUUUAAAUUGGAAUCAGCAGGACAACAUGACAAGACUAGUGACACCAUUGGUUAAUUAUUUUGACAUGGAAAGAAUGCCUCCUGUAACUAAAUCAAUUGCGCACUGGAGAUUCGUUGACAGACUGAAAAAUUUUAAGUACAUGGAUUGGAAGGCCAUUGACCCUACAAAGCUAGAAUACAUCAUGACACCAGCAAUAGCUGGCAAUCCAGGAAGCCAUUAUGUCUGCUUUGUCGUCAAUUUUAAAAGCCACAAAUUUGAAUUCCUAAACAGCUUGACGGGGGGAGGAGAGAAAUUGCAGUUACCAAAUGGUGAACCUAGCUUAUACAAACAGAUGUUUGAUGUUUGGCUGAAUGAGGUGGAAGCAUUUGUGACAGAAUUAUAUAAGUUAUGGAAAAUCAAAAUGCCUUUCCAAUUCACCACAUUCAAUUGGGAUACACCAAAGGUGCCUACUCAAGUUGAUUCAGACAAUUGUGGAGUGUUUUGCAUGAAGUUUCUUGAUGAAUGGGGUGGUGAAAUGCAAUCUUUCAAAGGUUGGUCCAAACUUAGGAAACAUGGGGACAAUGGAAAGAUUGCAAAAAUUAUGGAUCUCCGCAUUGAUCUAUGUUCAGCUAUAUUAACCAACUCUAGCAAUUCCAGAAAAGAACAAGUGCUGAAGGAUGCAAUUGAUGGUUUUUUUUUUUGA